AUGACGAUGAACAUCGGUAACAAUACUAAUAAUACAAAUUGUAUAUUCAUUAUUACACAGCAAAUAAUUAUUUAUUGUGGCAGUUUUAUGUGUUUAUUUGGUAAUUUUAGUUGUUUACUAUUAAUUUUAACAUUUAUUCAUAAUCAAUUCUAUCGUCAACAUGUAUCAUCUGUUUAUUUACUAGCAUCAUCUAUUGCUGAACUUAUUCAAUUAAAUACCGUUUUAUUAUCAUUUAUUUUAAGUGAUGGUUUUAAAUAUAAAUUAUUUUCUCAUUCAAUUUUAUUUUGUAAAUUAACAUGGUAUUUUGUACCUAUAUCAGCAAUGUCAUCAAUAACAUUUAUUUUAACUGGUACAAUUGAACGUUUUUUACUAUUAAAACAACAUCAACGAUUUAUUAAAAAAAAUUCAUCAAAAAAACAUAUUAUUAUAGUUUUUUGUAUUUUAUUAUUUUGGUCAAUAUUUGCAAUUCCUAAUUUAAUUUAUUUUAAUAUUGAUUUAAAAACAAAAAAAUGUAAAAUAUUAACAUUACAAUCAGGAUGGUAUCCAAUUUUUUUUACUUAUAGUUAUUUAUUUUUAUAUUGUUUAUUACCAUCUAUUCUAUUAUCAAUAUUUAGUUUAUUAACUAUAUUAAAUUUAAAACAAUACAAUAUUCAAAUUAAUUAUAAGAAUAAACGUCGUUUAGAACAAUUAAAUUGUGAUUUAAUUAAAAUAUUAUUAACACAAUCAUUUUUAAUUAUUUUAUCAUCCAUACCAAUAACAGUCUAUCGUUCUUAUGAUUAUUUAACACGAUAUAAAAUUAAAUCACGCGAACAAUUACAAUUAGAAUAUUUAAUAAAUAGUAUUUGUCGAUUAUUUAUUUUUUUAUAUUCAUCAUGCGAUUUUUAUUUAAAUCUUUAUAUUUCAAAAAUUUUUCGAAAACAAUUUCGAAAAUUAACAAAACAUUGGUAUUUAAAACUAUUUUCAACAUGGAAUUGUAUGUCUAAUUGUCGAUUUUCUCAAUCAAUUUCAAGAUGUCCAUCUUGA